GGAGCCUUGCGGAGCGCGCUUGGGAGAUCGCCGCCGCCGGUCGUGGAGGAGGCGGUGGUGAUGGUGGUGGUCGGGGGAGGCCAGUUCCUCUUCCGCCUCCCUUCCUGCUGGAUCGCGUGCCCGCCGAGCGUUUGGGAACGAGGGGUUGCAGGCAAGUCGGCGGGAUGGAGGACAGCGAGCCUUUCGCGUCGCCUUAGCGGCUCGGCUUCACCUUCGGCCUCCUCUGCCUCCCUCCUCCGCCGCCGCCGCUUCCUUCCCCAGCUCCUCGCCUUCGGAGCCCAAACGGGAGCAAAGGGAUCCAACUUAGCCGGGAGUCGGACUUGAGGUGGCGGCGGCUGCUGCUGCUGGGCCCGCUUCCCUCCUCCUCCUCCUCUUCCCCCAAAAGGCGCAAUGCACUUUCCCAGAGAUAACCUUUUAAAGUUUGCCCGCUCCUCCGGCGCUGGUCCCCGCCUGGCGCUUGGAAACUCCCCGGGUUUGCGGAAGGGCUGAGCGGCGGCUUGCGCCUCGCGCUCUGCCUGGGAUGAUGCAUUAACUUGGUGCAACGGCGUCCCUUCCUCCUCCUCGUCCUCGUCCUCCUCUUCCUCUGCCCUCUCUCCUUGCCCGCUUCCCCGGCUGGCAUUUGCUGGCGCUGGAGUGCCGCUUCUGUCUUUCUCGGGAGGGAAAGGCGUGGAACUGGGAAAGCGAGAGGACGUUAAGCAAGUUUUUUUUCUGAGCUUAAGGAAAACUGCAGCAGGAGGAACCCAUGUUCAGCAGGGCACACGGGGCAUCCUCGAGACCAGCGCCCAGGAGCUGCCCAGAAGGACGGCUGGACUUCAGGAGAGCCGAGAAGAUGUCUUCUGCCUUUGGCGGGGAGUUCUGGGCUGUCUGGACUCAUCCUGGCAGAUCAGCUUCGAGCAAGAACGUUGGCCUGUGAUGUGCAAGGGUUGGUGGGGCUGGUGGUCUCCUGCCCUGGCUCUAGCCUGCAGGGAUGACGGUUUUCCGCAGGAAGGCGCUGGUGCUCUGCUUGGGCUAUGUGCUCCUUCUGCUCCUCACCAUGCUCAACUUGCUGGACUACAAGUGGCAUAAGGGGCCGCAGCAGUGCAGUGAACCCUUGCCUGCCCGGCGCACUCCGUACCCGCAACAGCUGCCUUAUUAUGCCUAUCAGUCCCGAUCGGACACCCGGGCUCUCUAUGGCCCCCCAGUGCCCCUUGCCCGCAAACGGCAGCUGGUCUACGUUUUCACCACCUGGCGUUCGGGGUCGUCCUUCUUUGGGGAGCUCUUCAACCAGAACCCUGAAGUCUUUUUUCUCUAUGAGCCUGUGUGGCAUGUAUGGCAGAAGUUGUACCCGGGGGACGCUGUAUCUCUGCAGGGUGCAGCUCGCGAUAUGUUGAGUUCCCUUUACCGCUGUGACCUCUCUGUCUUCCAGCUCUACAGCACGGCAGGGGCUGGGAAGAACCUCACCACCUUGGGCAUCUUUGGGGCAGCCACCAACAAGGUCAUCUGCUCCUCACCGCUUUGUUCAGCUUACCGUAAGGAUGUUGUGGGCAUGGUGGAUGACAAGGUGUGCAAGAAGUGCCCUCCGCAACAGCUCAGUCUCUUCCAGGAAGAGUGCCUCAAGUACCACACUCUAGUCAUCAAAGGGGUGCGGGUCUUUGACAUUGGAGUUUUGGCACCCCUCAUGCAAGACCCAUCCUUGGCUCUUAAAGUCAUCCAUCUGGUCCGGGACCCUCGAGCAGUGGCUAGCUCCCGGAUCAAAUCCCGCCAUGGGCUCAUCCGCGAAAGCCUACAGGUUGUGAGAAGCAGGGACCCCCGUAUCCAUCGCAUGCCCUUCCUAGAUGCUGGCCACAAGCUCAACAGCAAGAAGGAAGGGGGUGGCGGAUCAGACUAUCAUGCCUUAGGUGCCAUGGAAGUGAUCUGUGGGAGCAUGGCAAAGACUUUACAGACUGCUUUGCGUCCACCAGACUGGCUGAAGGGUAAUUACAUGGCUGUCCGCUACGAGGACCUGGUAGUGGACCCUAUCAAGACUUUGCGGCAAGUCUAUGGAUUUGUAAAUCUGGUGGUGAGCCCAGAGAUGGAGAAGUUUGCUCUCAACAUGACCAGUGGUCCUGGGUAUUCUUCGAAACCCUUUGUGGUCUCAGCCAGGAAUGCUAGCCAGGCUGUGAAUGCUUGGAGGACAGCGCUGAGCUUUCAGCAAAUUAAGCAAGUUGAGGAAUACUGUCACCAGCCCAUGGCUAUUCUAGGUUACGAAAAAGUCAACAGCCCAGAAGAGGUUAAGGAUCUUAGCAAAACCUUGCUCAGGAAACCAAGAUUGUGAAUUGCCUAUAUUGGUUCUAUGGAAAGUGGAGAGAACAACUGGAAACUUUUCAGGCAGUUUUGCUUGCUUGAAACAAAGACAGAUUGAGAAGGGGAGAGAGUGUGUGUAACAUAGGCCAUUUUCUUAGGGACAUAGUGUUUGGAAUGAUGGUUUUGGUCCUCAGAAGACUUGAGGAUCAAAUGUAUCCAUGUUUCUGCAUUGCUGACUGAUCAAUAAUUUAAACACACACAUACACAGAGUCAGUGAGUAUUUGUAAGGCCUCUUUUUUUUCUUCAAAAAUGCAAAGCACGUAAUACAGUAUGUAUCCAUAUCUUUACAUACAUCUUGUGACAGUGAUCAAUUAUGAAGGACUUGCACAAUGAUGAGACGGGUGGGGUAGGGGGGAGAUUGGAGGGAUAUUCACUGAAGCAAAAUUCAGUGGACUGGACUUUUGUAUAAAGGUUUAAAUGUGAAGUAUCAAUAAAAGAUGCUCAUUUUACAAUGACUUCAUUUUUUGGGGAUUUGCACAUACUGAUCAGGCUCUGCUUUGAAAAACUUUAGUUGUGAAGCUGAUUAUCAUAAAGAUGUUGCCUGUGUUUUCUUCAGACAGCAGCCAAGGAAGUAUGGAAGGUUAUUUUUACAGUGUUAUCUUCCCUAAUGCAAAAUUUAGGAAUUUUCAUUUAAUGAAUACCUUUGGUGGUUAUGCUAAUUCACAUGUGUGGUGGCAAGCACACACACAUUCAUAAAUUGCUUUCAUUAACUAUGACCAGCUUGAAAAACUAAGUAUAAUUGAAAUAAAUUUUAAGUUUUCACCAGUCUUACAACUUUUUACUGUUUAAGAAAUUUGGAGAUUGCUGUACGUAGAUACAGGUACACCUAUUUCAAUUAUGCCCUCUGUAUAAAGAAAUGGAAACAAUUUUAUAUAGGCAUAAUGCUAUUUCUGGCAUAAUGAUGCCAGACCAUUGUAAAAAAAGGAGUGUCCAUAAUGGCAGCUUCGCUGUAGAAAAUACACACCUUGGCAAAGUGCUCUCUCAGUAUAUGUCUGCUGAUACAGCCUAUAGUAAAAUCUCUUAUCCUUAUUGUGCCAUGAUGGAAAAACUCUAUUUCUUACUAAAGUUUGGAGAUACCCCUCAUUCUUUGCGGUGUGAACAGAUAAGAAAAUAUUUGCUUUUAUUUGACUAGAAAGAGAGAGACUCCGACUUCCAGUUUGUUGGAGGAG